AUGGAACGCGUAGAUGCGACCGGCGAGACGUUGUUUACGUGGGCGGAAGAAGAUGACAGAGAUGACCCCGUGAAGGUUCUCAAAGCUCUCGAAAGCUACUGCAAUCCAAGAGACAAUGAGGUACUUGAAACUUUUCGUUUCUGGAAUGUGAAAUAUCAGGAACCAUUUGACAGAUUUCUAACCGAGUUAAAAACUCGUGCGACCGCAUGUAACUUCCAAGAAAAGGAAAAAAUGUUGCGUGACAAGAUCGUGUUCACAGUGACUGAAGAUAAGUUGACACUUGUAAAAACUGUGAAAGUGUGUAGGGCAUUUGAACAGUCAUAUAGACAGGUAAAAGAAAUUAGGGACAUGACAACACCUAAUCCAAGUGUCAACAAGGUAUCGUACAGGCCUGGUAGACCAGCGCAGAAACCUGUCAAACCACAUAAACCCAACAAUCACUUCAAGUCUCAGAAGCCAGCAGACAAACAGAUGACAAUUGAUUGUCAUUUCUGUGGUCUCAAACACGAAAGACGGAAGGAGAAGUGUCCUGCUUGGGGCGAAACGUGUGCCAAAUGUGAGGGAAAGAAUCACUUCGCAAAGAAGUGUAAAAAGAACAUUCAUGCCGUGUCCCAAGAAACUGAUGUCAGUGGGGAUGAUUUCGACGACAAGUGGUUAUUUGCCGUUAAUGACGACAAAGAUGGCGUACGUGCGACAGCUACAUUGGUCGUGAACGAACGAGAUGUCCGUUUUCAACUAGACAGUGCGGCUGACGUUAAUACUAUCUGUCAGAGACAUGUGGGACAGGGGCAGGUAACUCCUACCAAAGUUAAAUUGAACGUGUGGAAUAAGACCAACGUGACACCGAGAGGAGAGUGCACACUGACUGUCACAAAUCCACAAACCAAUGUCGAGUCGGAGGUAAAGUUUGUUGUAGUACAAAAUGGACUUACAAAUCUACUCGGACUGGAAACGAUCCAGAAACUUGGUUUUGUCACUAUCCAUGACAAUCGCUUCAUUGCCCAGGUGAAAGUUCCACAGCUAGGUGACCUAGGGGAGGCAACACUUAUAACAGAUGAUACUGUUCCCCCUAAAGUACUGCCAUGUCGGAAAGUUCCGAUAGCGAUACAGAACUCUGUGAAAGAGGAACUGGACAGGCUAGUGGACAAAGGUGUACUAGUACCUAUGACUGAGCCUACUAGUUGGGUCAGUCAGAUGGCUGUUGUACACAAAGCUAACGGGAAAUUACGCAUAUGUAUUGACCCUCAACCACUAAAUGUUGCUUUGAAGCGUGAACACUACAGACUGCCAGUCCUCGAUGACGUCCUGCCUAAGCUGAAGAACGCCAAGGUGUUUAGUAAGUUUGACGUCAAGGAAGCUUAUUGGCACGUUCGUCUAGAUGAAGACUCCAGUAAACUCACAACGAUGAUCACCCCGUUUGGUCGAUAUCGGUGGACCCGUCUCCCAUUCGGACUUAAAGUGUCGAGUGAAAUAUUUCAGCGUAAGCUGGACGAGGCAAUCGGAGAACUCGACGGAGUUUUCUGCAUUGUGGAUGACGUGAUCAUCGCUGGAUGUGGCGAACAUCAAAAUGAAGCCAAGAAAGAUAACCAGGAAAAGCGGGCUAAACUUCUCAAGGUGUGUGAAGAAAGGAACAUCAUCUUGAAUGAAGAAAAGAUGGAAACUGGCCUGAGUGAAAUCACAUUUCACGGGCACAAGAUCACUAAGGACGGAGUAAAAGUGGAUGACGCGAAGGUCAGGGCGAUACGUGACAUGCCACGUCCGACAGACGUCAGCGGCGUUAAACGUCUUUGUGGCAUGGCGCAGUACAUGUCUAGGUUUCUUCCAGAUCUAGCGGGCACGUUGGACCCAAUCCGUGCUUUGACGAAGAAAGACACUCCAUUCAUCUGGAAUGAGGAGUGCGAGAAAGCUUUCUCCACACUCAAAAGAAACCUAACAGAUUCGCCUGUGUUGGCUUAUUUCGAUACCUCGAAAGACGUCGUAAUCCAAGUCGACAGCAGUCAGCAUGGAAUCGGUGCUGUCCUGCUCCAGGAUGGCCGACCCGUCGAAUACGCAUCUAGAUCUUUGACGCCAGCGGAGCGUAACUGGGCACAAAUAGAGAAAGAGGCCCUGUCCGUGUUAUUUGGUCUCGAGAGAUUCGACCAAUACACGUAUGGUCGGACAGUGAAAGUGGAGAACGACCACAAACCGCUGGCAGCCAUCUUGAAGAAACCCCUGAGUCUAGCUCCUAGAAGGUUGCAAGACAUCAUGAUGCGUUACAACAGAUACGACGUGGAAUUUGUGUUUGUGAAAGGUGUGAACCUGGUGUUAGCCGACACUUUGAGUAGAGCACAUCUUGACACUGACACGGGUAACCUGGAUGAACGUCCACGUAUUAUGGCAGUAAACAUGUUUGGUGACAUUCCUGAUCCGCGACUGGAGGAAAUUCGCGAGGCAACGUCGGGUGACAAGAAUCUACAGGCUGUCAUCAAAUUGGUUAUGGAGGGGUGGCCUGAGAACAAACGUGAAACCCCCUCAUGUGCAGUACCCUACUAUGACUUUAGAGACACUCUAAGUCACAUGGAUGGUAUUCUCCUGAAAGGAGAGGCUAUAGUUAUUCCUGGAAGGCUCAGAUCAUCAAUGAGGGUGAAACUUCAUAGUGCACAUCUCGGUUAUGACAGCAUGCUGCGGAGAGCCCGAGAACUAGAUGUUGGACAGUCUGUGUUCUUUCAGCAUAUGGAAGGGAAGAACUGGAGACUAGGUCAGAUUAUUGAGAUUGUGGAACCCAGAACUUACAUGAAUGGGAUGAUCCGCUGUCUCGUCGGAUGCCAAAGACUGAGACAGUUAAGCCUACAGUACACCGUGGUGGUGUCAUCCCAGAGAAAAUUCCUGUACCGUGCAGCCCAAGAGUACCGUGCAGCCCAGGAGUGA